AUGGAUAUGAGUUCAAGUGACAGCACCGAGUGCAAAAUCUCGAUGCUGUUCAACUUCUACACCACAGACGCCUGCUUCCUGUCGGCUGGAUGGCAGAUCCAAAAUAAUGGAAUGUUUGCUGCAACCUGCAUUGGGGUGAUGCUGCUCGUCAUUCUGGUCGAAUUUUGUCGCCGCAUGUCUCGCGAAUACGACAACUUCUUGAUCCGCCAGUUCCAGCGCCAAGCCGCGCAUGCCACCUUUGCCAAGACUCGUGUGGGCGAAUCCGCCACAUUUCGAGCGACACCAUUUCAACAGUGCAUUCGCGCUGUCCUACAUGCGGUGACCUUCGCCGGAGCCUAUAUUACUAUGCUCCUGGCUAUGUACUUUAAUGUUUAUGUGAUAAUCUGCAUUUUCAUUGGAGCGGGGCUAGGCAAGUUCUUAUGUGAUUGGAUGGUGGUUACGGUUGGCAUUGAUGUGCAUGCAGCACAGAUGGAAGAAACGACCAUCUGCUGCGAUUGA